AUGAUGCCAUCCGACCAGUACCUGCAGCAGGUCCGAGCAGCAGAGGCGGCGGCAGCAAGGGAAGCGAAGGAGGCCUCAGAGAAGGAGGCGACGCGAGCAGCGGAGGAGUCGAAGGCGAGGGUGGCAGCAGAGGCACAGGCGAGGGAAGCCGAGGAGCGGCGGCGAUUCGAGGCAGCGAGUGCGGAGAAGGAGGCGAGGUCAGCGGAAGAGGCCCAGGCGAGAGCAGCGGUAGAGGAGCAGCAGCGAUUUGAGGAGGAGCAGAAGCGACGGGAGCAGGCGAGGGCAGCAGCGGAGGAGCAGCGGCGAUGGGAGGCGGCGAGAGCAGCGGAGGAGGAGGCGGCGAGGAUUGCAGCGGAGCAGGCACGGGUGGCGGCGGAGGCGGCGGCGGCGAGGGCAGCGGCAGAGGAGCAGCGGCGAUCGGAAGAGGCGGCGAGAGAAGCGGAGGAGGCGCAGGCGCGGGCAGCGGCGGAGGCGGCGGCGGCAAGGGAGGCGGCGGAGGAGGCGGCGGCGGAGGCGGCGAGGGAGGCUGCGGCGGAGGCGGCGAGGGCAGCGGCGGCGGAGAGGGCUGCAGCGGAGGCGGCGGCGGCGGCGGCGGCGAGGGUGGCGGCGGAGGAGGCGGCGGCCACCCUCGCCGCCUCCGCCGAGGCGGCCGCUGCGGAGAAGGCUCGCAGGGAGGAGGAGGAGGAGGCCGAGGCUGCACGCGCCGAGGCGGCUCGGGUCGAGGCGGAGAAGGCGGCGGAGGAGGAGGCGGCGGCUCGAGUCGAGGCCGAGCAAGAGGCGGCGGCGGAGGAGGCGAGGGCGGAGGCCGAGAGGCGGGCCGUGGAGGAGGCGGCGAGGGCGGAGGAGGCGAGGCUGGCAGCGGAGGAUGCGGCGAGGGUGGAGGCUGAGGAGGCGGCGAGGCGGGCGGCGGAGGAGGCGGCGAGGGCGGAGGUGGAGGCGCGCCGCAAGGAGGCGGCGGAGCUGAAGCGCAAGCGGCGAGCGGAGGCGGCGGCGGUGCUGAAGCGGAAGAGGGCGAGCCUGCUCGCCGACCGCAGGGCAGCGGCGGUGGCUGAGGCGGCGAGGGCGGCGGAGGAGGCAGAGGCGUGUGUGGCGGACGCGCUCGCCGCGUCCGCCUCGCCAGUCGACGCGCAGCAGGCCGCCAUGGACAAGGAGGCGCGCGGCGGCUGUGAACCCGCGCCCGGCCAGCCCUCCGGCCGCCGUCGAGCGGCCGCAGAGGCGGCGCGGCAGGCGACGCUGACAGCGCGGCAGGCGGAGCUGGCCGAGGAGGCGAGGAAGGAGGCGGCGGAGGAGGCGGCGGAGGCGACCAAGGAGGCUGCGCGCGCGGUUCGCUCCGCAGCCAAGGACGCGCUCUUCAGCGCUGCGGCCGCGGCGGCCGAGGCGACGGCAGCUCUCACAGGCAGAGCGGCUGAAGAGGCGGCCAAGGAGGCGGCCAAGGAGGCGGGGGGCGACGCCCGCGCCGGCGCGUCGUCGCGGCUGUGGGCGGCGGGCGGGCGGCUCGCUUCGUUCGCCUCGUCUUGGGCGAGCGGGGCGCGGCAGGAGCUCGAGGGCGGCCUCAAGGAGCACCGCGAGGCGCGCGCGUGCGCGAGCGAGGAGUGCGAGCUGGAGGAGCGCGCCCGCCGCGAGAGGCUGUCGAACUUCCCGGACGAGCUCGCGCUUCUCGGCUUCAGCCUCGACGACGCGGGAUGUCUCGACGAGAAGCGGCUGCGGCAGGUCUUCCGGGCAAAGUCGCGCGAGAUGCACCCGGAUGUGGCGGCGCAAGGAGGGUCGGAGGAGGAGCGUGCGCGCGCCGAAGAGGCGAUCCGUGAGCUAAACGAGGCGAACGAGAUUGUCCGGAAGCUGCUGUGA